AUGUCAUCCUGGAUUCUCCAGAAUCUCCAGAAGAGACUGCUUUUGUAUGCUGUCCAACAGAUAUCAAUCUUGUCCAACGUGGACAUAUCCAACUUACAUGUCUCUUUGGGCUCCAGCUCGCGGUUUACGUUCGAUGAUCUAGAUUUAGCAGUAGAUGAGUUGAACAUUCCUCAAGUGACAGUUGAGAGUGGUACUAUCAAGCAUUUAGAUCUGCAACUGACCGUGUCCGGUGGCGUCAGUAUUAAAGGUAACGGCGUUGAGUUUGUAUUGAGACCUGUUGUCCAUCAGCACAAGGGUGAGCCUAACACAUUCUCGCUGACAAAGAGUAUCCAGAAUCUGACGAGUUCGAUCAUGCAGUUUUCCGAGCCAGGAGCAGAAUUGCAAACUGAAGUUGAUGCAGCGGAGACUGGCGGGGGCGGGAUCGCAAAUAGCAGUGGAAGUAUCAGCAGUAGCGGCGAAGAAAGUGAGACGGUGCCAAAUGUCGGGACGCUGGAGAAUAUGAGAAACAAGCUGCUGAACGUUGCUCUCUCGAAGCUGAUGAUAAGCUUCGAAGAUUUGAAGGUCAGAUUUGUACUGGAAGAUGACUCAGUCGUGGAAGUAUCUUUGGGAAGCUUCGAUUUCCAAUCGGAGAAGGAUGAUUUGCGAAAUAUCGCGCUUCGACGGUUCACGGUUGGCUUUGCUGAAUCCCAAAGUGCCUGUCAGUCACGCAAAGACAUGGAUAGCUUAUUGAAUAGUGUCACCUACACUCAGAAUGAAGCUGCCUCUUUGUACAUGAGCGCGAUGGAAAGUUUGCAAGCUGAGGCAAGCGGUGAGAAAAGCGAAGAAGAGUUGAUAAAAUUGAUAGAGCUGGUUACUUGGGAUGAAAUAGAGAUCAAAUGUCAGGGCCUUUCCUCAGUUGACGACCUUAAUUUACGAGACAUUGAUAUCCACGCAAAGCAACUUGAUAUACAGCUACACAAAAUACUGGCGCUGAAAGAACCCGUGUGGGAUAUGCUAGUACGGAGUGCUAUGCAUGUGAAUCAAAAUUCCGAAGGACAGCCAACCUCCUUGGCGGGUUACAAGAGGUUUCAAAAGGAGCAAAGUUUGUCGGAAAUGCUCCAAAAGAUUUCGAUAGAAUUGGGGGAAAUCAACUUUCACUUUUCAGAUCUUGGAUCUCUUUCAUUGAAGCACUUAAACUAUGCGAUUUAUGAAGGCGAGCGGCAAGAAUUCGAGAUUGGUGCAGUAGAAUUUAUCGGAGAUGGAAUCGUAUCAACGACGUCCAAAGAACCUAUUUUACAGGGGCAUUUCAAGAAUGACGAAGCUUCGGUAACCUUACUGGAUAGUCUAGCGAUCAAGCUGAAUCUAACCGUCUUGGAACAGUUCGCAGCUUUAUUGCAGCGGGGACAACAAAUAACCUACUCACUGAAUAAGAAAAUGCUGAUAAAGAAACACCCCAGGCGAGUAUUAUCGCAUGAGCGGAAAUACCAUAUUACAGCUGAGCCGAUAAGCCUUACCUUGGUCCUAGGGGAGUACGAGAUUCGCCUAAAUACCGAAGGUGUCUUCAGCGAUCUCUUCCCAACAGUAUUCAGGACUAAUGCCAUCACGGUCGAAAGGCUUUCGAGAAAUGGCAACGAAAUUAUUUUACGCUGUCAGGACGUUUCUCUCAUCACCUCCAGAUCAAGAGUUCAGCUGAACUAUCACGACGAAUCCCUGGAGGAAUCUUUACUGACUAGUAGGUUUGUCUGUAAGAUUGAUGAUGUCAUUAUCAAAGUAGCGCAUGAUAAACUGAACCGGUUGAUUGUGGACACAGAGAAGAUAGGAGAGAUAUUUGGAAAAAUUCAACAUGAAAGUGGAGAGAAGGUCAAGAAAGAGCACAUGAAAAGAAGCGUCAGGAUACUUCAGUCCUCCAACAUUAUGUAUAAAAACACUGAACUGGCAAUUUUUGCAUUGGUUGUCAAUAAACUAACAGCCGAGGUAAGGCAGUUUCUGAACCAAGAUUUCGGUAGCUUAGCUAUCAAUAUCGAUUCCAUAAUGUCAGCAGUUACCGAGGAUGGCAAUACAACUGCAUUUUGUAAACGAAUAGAAUGCAAUAGGUUGGCGCCCGACAUAAACGAAAAUGUCAUAAAACCCAUAAAAUUGAGCGAUGCAGAUUCGCCUUUGGUAUAUGUUUGUAGAAAGAGUGGUGGCAAGUUGAAAGUGACGCUGACAAAUUUAGCAUUCACUUAUUACGCUCGAUGGUUAGAUAUCUUCAAAGCGACGACCAAGAACAAUAGCAGUCAAAGCAAACAAGGAGAAAGCAGAAACGAUGAACAGCUGGAAGUGAAAGUCCUUGACUCAUCAUUGAUUUUAAGACCAUAUAGGCUGAAUGCAGCUUUGGCUCUGGUCAUUGAUCAACUUUUGUGUACGGGCAAAUCUCCUUUUGAUCAUAUUAAAUGCACACUGAAGAGUGGAUCACUGUUGCUCAUCGAUGACUUCUCAAGUGUUAAAACCCUGGAAGAUAGGCAUUGGCCGUCACUCCCUGCAUUCUAUGCGCGUCAGGGAUUCUCCGCUAUCGGUCGCUACGAAUUAAUGAGCGCCAGGAUUAAUUCUUCAAAGCCCGCUAUCUCUCUGAAGCUAAAAUGUCAUAAUAUUGUUGCUUCCCUCUGUGCCGAUUCUGCGCACACUUUGACUCAAGUUUGCAUUGAUCUUAAGUAUCCCCUAACUUUCCCCGAUGAUCAAAAGUACAAUUACAGCCGAGACCAAUCGAUUGAUACUUUUAAAGACAUUGAUCUAAACUUCUUCAAUUCGUCGCAUAUCAGACAAGAAGUCGACUCUUACAACAGAGGCGAAGAAGAGCUUAUUCACAUCAAUGAUGAUUGGGAGACAAACGAGCCUUCUUUGAACGACUCGCUAUCAGACGCCACUAAUCAAACGGUGGAUGUACAGGAGGCCUAUUUGGAUGUUGUGCAGGAGCUCAGAACCACUGCAGCUCACGAGAACCAAAAACCGAUAGAUCUGAAUUUAGAGUUGGAAAUCGAUAAGAUAAUGAUAAAACUGUUUGAUGGCUAUGACUGGAAGUUUACCAGGAAAUCAAUAUCUCGGACGAUCGAUCGAGUCGAUCAACAAAUGAAAGCAUGGAGCGCUGAACCCAAUUCGACAAAUCAGAUGUCGAUGACUAUCUUUGACUCGAUUUAUGUUUCGGCUAACGCCUCCGACACUGUUGACCUACAGAAAAGAGUAAAUGACGAAAUACAAGGCGAGGACAAGUCACCUAUAUAUGUGAGAAAAGCCAACCUUCAUCCUUCUCGUCAUUAUAAGGCAGCAGUCCAAUUAGACAACCUGCGGCUGGUUUUUAAAGCUUAUGAUAUAAGCGAUUCAGAUUCCAAUACAGAUACUUCUGCUGAGCAGGUGAAUGAAGCUGUCCUAACCAUCCAUAGAUUUGAUAUUAUUGACAAUGUCCCCACAUCUACGUGGAAAAAAUUUCUAACCUUGCUUCGACAUGAGCAAUGGCCGCUGGAUCGGCCCAUGGUACGUCUGGAUCUUGCCACAUAUCGUCCUAUGAGCUAUUUGAUGGCAACUGAAUUAACUUUAGGUGUUGAAUUUGCACCAUUGCGCCUGCAUAUUGAUCAGGACGCACUUGAUUUUUUGAUAAAAUUUGGAGAGUUUAAAGAUAGUAGGUUUGAAUUGAUCGAUGAGUACCCUGAUAUUGCUUUUAUUCAAAAAUUCACGACCAAUUCCGUGAAGCUGAAACUGGAUUACAAGCCAAAGAAAGUAGAUUACUCAGGUCUAAGAUCGGGACAUGCUAGUGAAUUAAUGAAUUUUUUUAUUCUCGAUGGAUCAAACAUCACGCUCAAGGGAAUCGUUCUUUAUGGUAUAAACGGGUUCACUGAACUAAAUGCUGCUUUAAAGGCAGUAUGGACACCUGAUAUUACUUCAAGACAGAUACCCGGCGUCUUGGAAGGCUUUGCCCCGAUAAAGUCUAUUCUAGCGCUUGGAUCUGGAGUAAAAGCGCUUGUGGGCAGCCCGGCGACGCAUUCUAUCGAAGAUGGGCCGGCAAAAGGCGGUCUAAAGAAGGGCUGCAAUGUUUUUGUCAGAACAGCGACCGGAGACUUUGUUCGGCUUGGUGCAAAAUUAGCUGCUGGGACACAAACGGUGCUGGAAAAUGCUGAACAGAUGCUAGGAGGUGAUGGAUCAAAUGGUAGGAUGUACAAGUUCGAUGAACCAGCAUUGGACAUGAACAGUCUGCUGGAAGAAGACCAACUGGUCGGCGGAAGCAACCCACAAGUCAAGGGCCGCAGGCCUGCGGCCUUAGUCAUAGAUCCCUCGGCGGGUGACGAAGGCGAGCCCAAAAUAGUCAGCCUGUAUGCGGACCAGCCCCUCGACAUCCACAUGGGUCUCGAGGAAGCAUAUCACUCUCUGGAGAAGCAUAUGCAUCUCGUCUACGACGUCGUGUGGAGGACCAAAGGCGAACUAAGAGAAAGAGAUGCCGGUGCUGCCGCAGCUGCCGUCUCAGUUGCCAAAGUCGCUCCUGUGGCCAUAAUACGGCCUCUCAUCGGAGCCACAGAGGCUGUCGCAAAGGCACUACAAGGAAUCUCCAACCACUUUGACAAGGAGCAGAUUGACGAUAUCAACGAUAAGUACAAGUCUAUAAAACUAAAGAAGUGA